AUGGGCAACAGUAGAAGGCGAGCAGAUAAGAUGGUGAGGCGGUAUAGAGAGGAUAUGGAGAGGGUGAAAAGUGCAAUGAUAGGUCCAAAUAGGGUCCAAAAAGCGUCCAAAAAGCGAUCCAGGAGGGUGCUAAGGCUUCCUAGUGCUGCUACAGGGUUACGCCUGUGUUCCCCUUUCAAUUCCACACUGAUAUUAACAGAGAAAUCGCCUCGAGACAGUGUUGGUUAA